AUGGCACCCGAGCGCGUGGCGCGCGGACGGAGACGCGGGGUGGAGGAUUCGUCUGCGAGUCGACGGUGAGGAGCAAGAAAGUGCGCUCUCCCGCCUCCCCGAUGACUGGCCAUCCUGCGAGGAACGGUCACGUCGUCGCUUAGCCUACGUGUCUGUUCUUCUCUUCCGCUGAGCCGGUUACGUUUCACCUUGAACAGUUCAGUCUGGUAGGUGAGCGGCCGGUUCGGAGAAAGAAAGAACGAAUUCGUGGUUCUGAGACGACGCGUCCCCGCUCCUCAUCUUCAGCCUCUGACGCGCUGCGAGUCGACGGAGAGGAGCAAGAAAGUGCGCUCUCCCCCCCCUCUCCGAUAGGGUCCAGCCUCCACGCGUGGCGCCCGAGCGCGUGGCGCGUCCAAGACCAUCCCGAGGAGGGGAAAACGCCAAAGGUUAGUUUCAAAAACGGAAAAACGCGGGACGGAGGAUUCGUCUGCUAAUCGACAUGCGAAGAAAACCCCGACGCUCUCCUGCUCCUGUUCCGGCUUGCCUCCGCGGCUACCGCCACGAAGACAUUCUCGACACGGGAGAAAAGGCGCGCGACUGCGGCUGAGCGUGUGGCGCGCAUCCUGUGAGGAACGGACAGAGAGAGAGAGGGAAAGAAAGAGACAAAGGUUUCCCAGAUUUUUUUUUAUUUUUUUUUCUAAGAGCAGAAAAUACUGUAAAGAUGUCUCAACGCCAACAGAAAGAAAGUGUUUGUACAUAAAAAGUGUUUUACAAAUGAAAAAAAAAAAAUAUAUAUAUAUAUAUAUAUAUAUAUAUUUAAACAUUAUUUUAUUUAUUUAUUUAUUUUUAAAAAACUACACCUUGCUUCAUCAUAGUGUUUUUUUUUUUUUCUUUCCUCACUGCAGUGUCCAAGAAUGGUGAGGCUGAGCGAAGAGGACAACACCUGGGCUCCAGAGGCACGAGUCGGCACCCCACCAUAGGGAGUGAAACCACUGUAUCACUCGGUCAGUUGUAAAACACAAAAGUUUGAAUUGUAUAAUCGGCAGAGGUUGGAGAGCGUCGGAGUUGUCAUGUCAUCUCUAAGCCAACGUGUCUGUUCUUCUCUUCCACUGAACCGGUUGCGUUUUACUUUGCACAGUUCAGUCAGGAAGGUGAGUGGCUGGUUCGGAGUUAGAGAAGAACGAAUUCGUGGUUCUGAGAUGACGUGUCCCCGCUCCUCAUAUUUAGUCCUCUGACACAAAGACAUCACAAAAUGUGGACUCCAUAUCACUGACUGUGCUGACUCUGUGUGUGUGUGUGUGUGUGUGUGUGUGUGUGUGUGUGUUCCACACUGCCUGUGCAAGUUUCUCUUUUUGGUUUUACAGCGCUCUCUGCAUGA